UCUUUGAACUCUCCUACUCUGCGUGCUUUCUCAUUUUCCCUCAUUUUCUCGACUCCCAAACGCAUUCCGCCCACCCGACUCUUCUUCUCAUCAUGCGCCUCAGCUGCAAUGGUUGCCGAGUGCUCCGCAAAGGUUGCACCGCUGAUUGCCCCAUUCGUCCCUGCCUCCUCUGGAUUCCCUCUCCUCAAUCGCAAUCUAACGCCACCCUCUUCCUCGCCAAGUUCUACGGCCGCGCCGGCCUCAUCAACCUCGUUCAUGCCGGUGCUCCCCAUCUUCGCCCAGCGAUUUUUAAGUCCUUGCUCUACGAAGCUUGUGGUCGGAUUGUGAAUCCCAUUUUCGGCUCCGCCGGCUUACUCUCUUCCGGAAGCUGGAACCUCUGUCAAGCCGCCGUCGAGGCUGUCCUAAGAGGCGAGCCGAUCACGCAGGUUUCGCCCGAAUCGGCUUUCGACGGCGUCAGCCCGCUCCUGAAGUUGUGCGAUAUUCGGCAUGUGGGCAAGAAGGGAAAUUCGUGCGCCUCGGAUAAGUUACACAAGGUGAGGAGUGGGAGCCAGUUUAAACGCUCCGGCGCGAAGCGGAAGAAGCCGGAAGUGGAGCCGGCUGGAGCUGAGCUGAUGGCUCGUUCGGGGAGCGAGUUGAAUGGUUCGGGGGUGAGCGAGCACAGAAGUGGAAGUCCUGGCGGUGAAGCUGAUAGCAGCACCGUCGAGAUGACAGAAGGUUGGCCGGAACCGGCGAAGAACGACGAGAGAAGCGAAGCUGAAGCGGAGAAUGGGGAGUUAGAGCUGGAGUUGACCAUGUGGUGGGGUCAACAAGCUAAGGGUCAUACAGAUAUCAAUGGUUCUGAUGCGAACACGUGUAAAUUAACACUGGGCUCUGAUCAUUCUGUUUAGGAAUAUGAUCAGCUGUUGCCAAAUCCACGUACAAAUGUAGACCGCCAAAUGGGCCCAAGCGGGAAAGAAAUACAGAAAGGGACAGGACCACAAUACAGAAUAGCGUUUUGUUGUAGAUGAUGAAUUACCAUUUUCCUAUAGAGAUUGAACAAGUAUACAUUUUUUUUAGAUACGUUAGAACUAAAUUAUUUUAUCUGAUUCUCGUUAUUUGAUGUUUUAUUUACUUUAAUUUUAUAAAAAAUGUUAUUUAUCAAUAUGUUAAGAAGAAAUAUUUGAAUCUCA